UCUCGGUGACACAAACGCUCGUAACGCCGGCAGCUUUUAAACUGCUCUUCUCAUUCCAUUCGAGGCGGCAGUGGAGGAGCCGAGCUCACAGAGACGGGAUAACGGGACUCUCCACGGUACUCAAAGAUUUGAACAUCUGAUAGGUCACGUUUGCGUCUUCAGAUUUUGAUUGAUAUUUUUUCCCAGCAGCACAGCAAAGCAGAGAGGCAUGGAGGGAGGAAGCAUGAAUGAAAAAUAAACUACAGCUACACAAAGGAAUCUGAGUAGAGGCAAGAUUUAGGCAAAACAGAGGAACAGAGGGGUAGACGAAAGCAAGGUCUGGAGAGGAGGAACGAGGUCAGGCGAAGAGUUAAGGAGGAGAGGAACAGAGAUAUAGAACCGAGAAGACGUCUGAGAAGGAAUGAGAGAAUGAGAAUACCCUCAUCUUAAGUGGACCAACGAAUGGGCACACAUAAACAUCCGAACCCCUGCAAGCUUAACAGACAGAACUGAAGGAUAGACAAACUGACACCUUAAAAACCUCUCACACACACACACCAGCACACACAGAGGAGUUGUGGGCUCACAUAAAUGGCUGACAAACAGAUCAGUUUGCCUGCCAAGUUAAUAAAUGGUGGAGUUGCUGGGCUGAUUGGUGUCACCUGUGUGUUUCCCAUUGACCUGGCCAAGACCCGCUUACAGAACCAGCAGAAUGGCUCUCGCCUCUAUACCAGCAUGUCAGAUUGCCUUAUCAAAACCAUUCGGUCAGAAGGAUACUUUGGGAUGUAUAGAGGGGCUGCGGUGAACUUAACUCUCGUUACUCCAGAGAAAGCCAUAAAGCUGGCAGCCAAUGAUUUCUUCAGAUUCCACCUUUCCAAGGACGGGCAGAAGCUCACGUUGCUCAGAGAAAUGCUGGCAGGCUGUGGUGCAGGUACAUGUCAGGUCAUUGUUACAACGCCGAUGGAGAUGCUGAAAAUCCAGCUGCAAGACGCAGGGAGAAUUGCUGCUCAGAGGAAGCUGAUGCCACAGGCUGUAGCCCCUGGUGGUCCAGUAGAAGUGAAGUCCCCAACAGCCAUGCAGCUCACACGGGAACUGCUGAGGGAAAAAGGCAUAGCUGGUCUCUAUAAAGGGCUUGGAGCCACACUGCUCAGGGAUGUUCCUUUCUCAAUCAUCUACUUCCCUCUGUUUGCUAAUCUCAAUAACCUGGGCAAGAAGGGGGCAGAGGGGCCUGCUCCAUUCUACGUCUCCUUCAUAUCAGGCUGCAUCGCUGGCAGCACGGCUGCUGUGGCCGUCAACCCUGUAGAUGUGAUUAAAACCAGGUUACAGUCUCUAACACGUGGCAGUCAGGAGGACACAUACAGCGGAGUGACUGACUGCAUCAGGAAGAUUCUGCGGAACGAGGGUCCAUCUGCCUUCCUGAAGGGGGCGUACUGCCGUGCUCUUGUCAUCGCUCCGCUCUUCGGCAUUGCCCAGGUGGUUUACUUCCUGGGCGUGGGUGAAUUCAUCCUCGGCUUCUUGCCCAAACGGAACAACUAACCAGUCAGAUCUGCUUUCUGCCUUCCCAUCUGCACACACGCUGCACCAGUCAGACCUCGUCCCUUCCCCCCCUUCACAUCUCCUCUGCUCGCGUCACCUGAGGACCACGUGAUGUGAGACCACGUUAGUUUUGUUUGUUUGUAUGUUUGUGAGGUUUUGUUAAAGUAGGUGUACAUUUCUAUAUGAAUGUGGUGAUCAUGAGGAGCUGAGAGGGGUUCAGAGGGAGUGGUUGCCAAGAUAGUCCUCAGCUGAGGCUCAGGCCACAUAACGUUCUCAUUUAUGAGCCCCAUCAUUUCUGAAAUGAAAGCAUCAUUGCUGUUUUAGUAAUUGAUUUGAUUAUAUGGUUUGUGGAGAUUCAUAUCAAGUCUCUUUUGACUCAAGAUAUUUAUUGCCCAGUUUAUGUUCACUGUGUCUGUUGUGACAAUAUGGAAAAUAAUGACUUUGUUAGGUAUGAGGUAGAUUACUAAAUGGACUUGAUGGAGGUGUAAUCUUGAAUUUAACUUCUGGAACAGACAGAAAUGUAUAUGCUGUUUGAGAACCUUGACUGGAUUAGCUGCUUUUCACAAUCCCCGUUGGAAUGUCUGGCCGUGAAUGACCUCCGGACAGUGUUUGUGUGAGGAUUUGCAGGUUGGUGUGUGAGGCAAAAGCUGUUUACAGUCCCAGACUGACUGCAUGUCUGGGUAAACAUGCUCACAUACUGAGUUCAGUGUCUGAUGGUUAGAGUUGGUAGCACCUCCCUUGCCAUCUCCCACUACAGCAAUUACAGGUUACAUAUCAUAGAGAGAAGAGCUGAUUGAAUAAUCUAAAAGCAGGCAUCAACUGUGGCAUUAUGGCUUUUCAUAUGACAUUGAAGGAGCAAUUUGUAGCAGUUUCCAGUUUUGCUUGUUAGUUGUAAUACUGCUGCAUUUACAGGCCAUCAUUCAGUACCACUAUGUGAAGGGCUGAUUUCUUCUGCUGUGUGUUCUAGAUCCAGGUGCUUCCUCCCUUGAGACUUACUUCCUUGCAGAGUAACCUCUGCUCCACUGCACCUGGAUAAGUGCUGAUUACUGGAGAGCCAUUUAUAUAAUGGACAAGUACUGUGUGUUACUAGGUUGCAAAUGUGAUGAUUAUGGAGUUGUUUUGCCCUCUGCAAACACAGAAAAUGCCCCGUCAUUUUUGAAUGUGUGUUUGUGAAUGUUGCAUUUGCUUUGAUUGUCAUAGAUCUGUCUUCAUGAGUUGGUAGAUCUUCACAAACGUCCUUAUUUUCUCAGUGUGAUAUGUCUCAUUACAGUAAUUCCAGUUGCUGCUAGCAGGCUUUUGAGUAAAGGACAAAGCCUAUAGAAGGAUGCUGCAUGCUGAGCCAUCCCUUUGUAUCACCGAGUAACACAGUGACAAAAGUGUCUAAUCUCAUCAUCCUUAUGUAACAGUGAUUUUAAAAAUUUUCCUUUGGAUCGAAAUGGAAACUGCUACUUAAUGCGCCUUUAAUUUGAUUUAACAAACCCAUCAUACUUCCAUCAUUCCAGCCUUUGAGCUUGUAAAUAUAGUAACAUGUCUUUACACUGUUCUUCAGUGGUGGCUGUUGGCAGUGGUUUAAAGCCCCAGUCAGGAGUCACUGCAGCUUGCUGGCCAGUUAUUAAUACUGCAGCAACAAAGGCUUUCAAAUAAUAGCAGUGGUUCCUGGGGGGUGGAUGUGGCACUGUUUCGGCUAUUUCUGACUGAAGCUUUAGAACAUGGUGCUAUAGAGCGGAGAGGGUUCAAUCCAGAGUCCUGGGGGACCCCCACCAGUCCACAUCUUUGUUAUGUUCCAAUUCCUAAUGCACCUGAGCCAGGUAAUCAGCAUUCUACAGCCUCAGUGACCUGGCUGAGGUGUGUUUGGAGCUGGCGGGUGGUCCCUGAGGAAUGGAUUGAAAACAGCUGCUAUAGAGGAUGGUUGGAGUAUGGAAUAUUCUCAGUAUCUGUCUCCCUCUCCAGUGUCCACAAACUGAACUGCCAUUUAGAUUAGUGUCACUUUAUUCCAACAGACAGAAGAACUUCAUGAAGGCCAAAUAAAUGCAGAAGAUGAGUGUCAGGUAGCUCCUCCUUACCAAUGAAGUAAUGAUCAUGCUCAUUAAUUGCCUUUGUUUUUCCUUUUGAGAUUUUCAUUUCAUAUCUAAGCAUUGUAUGUAUGUGGUGGACCAUGGCGUGUCAUUGGCUGGUGAAAGAUGAAGGUGACUUUGAAGAGUGAUGUCCAAUCACCUGCUCUCUUUAUUCAAUGUGUAGUAAUAAGGGCAAAAGCACAUGAUGAGUGAUGUUCCUAGGCGUUCUUAUCUGUUGAGAGUGAAAGCGUAUUUAUCAAGAUUCCUUAUGACUAUAUAUAUAUAUAUACAGUAUAUAUACAUAUAUCUAUAUAUUUGUAUCAGUUGUUUUAUUGGUGUCUGUACGUUCACUGUCGAUUACUGUAUGAUGUACAUUUGCAGAUUAUAUGAAUUCUGUUUUUUUUAUAUUGUUAUUUGAUGGCUUAUUUUGCACACUUACCUCCCCCUCCUCUUGCUCUGUUAUUAUUUUUUUUAUUGAUAGUUGAAUCCAGGAACACUAAAUCUGAAAGAGGGCACUAUAAAUAAAGGAGAACUGUCUGAAGUUUACAAGGAAGUAUUUGCCACAUUUGGAGCAGCAGACUGGCGUCUGGGAAUCGAAACAUUCUGUUGUCUCCUAAUGAAAGUAGCAGACUUCCUCGUGAAACUUUUUUUCUUCUUACUUAGUCCCAAGCUGUGCAGUUUCAGCAUGAUAAUCCAAAUUUUAAGAGCCCUCCUGCUGGAUAGAAGAAGUGCUGAUUAUGUGCUGACAAGUAUUAUGCAGCGUUAGGAUAUCUGCGCAGUGGUUAGCGAGAGAUAAGGCAUAUAUAUGCAAUGAGAAGCAUCUGUAGCUCAAACAAGGCACUGAGGCUUUGCUUGACUCUCUCGCUUGGUGAGAGCCUAUUUCAUAACUGCCAAACAAAACCUUGACCAAAUCACUGCACGGACAACCUUCGCUUCUAAGGCCUGCUGCAAGCCUACCUCUCUAGAGAUUAGCCAGUGAGCAUCCAUGUGCUUGUAGAUGUACAGGAAAAAGCCAUUUUAAGCAGAGGUUUUUGCUGCAGGAAGUCAGAAUUGGAAACUAGAAAUUUGUUUACGUGGACCUGAUUCCCCAAUGUUAGCUAGCUAGCCUUGAUUCAUUGCCUGUUAGCAUUAGCAAAAGUGUCCUGCUAGCCUUAGCCUCAUCCUUUUAGACUUUUUAAGACGGGGUGCCUGACCCUCAUCCUGGUCAUCUGUGACCCUGCAGAGUUUUGCUCCAAUCCAAAUCUAACAUGAUUCAGUUACUGAAGGUGUUCAGGUCAGGAUAUCAAAGCCGAUUGUGUUGAAACUAGAGAUGGCAUGACCACUUUUUCUCUUCUCAUACCGAGACCGAUAUUGAAACUGUCAUUACCAAGAAUUUAUUUUCUUUAAAAAAUACUAAGCUUUAAAAUGAGCUAUGUUCAAUUGAAACACUUCCCUUUAAACUGCAAUGUGUAAAAUUUUUUUGUAAAAAUUAAAAGGGCAGCAUUACUGAGUUAAGUCUGAAAUAAUGAUUCAGAGUCAAAUAUGUUGGGUCGGAUUUCGCAAGAGUUUUUGGGACCAUAUCAUACGUCUUUAUGUAUUUAUGUCACAUACACACUCAAAGAGAAGACAUGGCUCGAUGUUUAGUUUUCUAAUGCAAAAUCAACACUAUACUGAAGAAGGUGUGAUGACGGUAAUAGGUAAUUCAGUCACAUCAUCAGAAGACACAUCCUUCACUAAGUUUUGACUGAGUUUUCUUUCAAACGACAGAUUAAUCUGCUCUUAAAGUUAUAUAGUGCAGCUUUAAAAUGAGAAUUAAAAUGUAGGCUAUCAUACUCUACUACCCCACAGGAAGACAUGGAAAGCAAACAACAUCACAUCACAUAACUUUAGGACAGAUUUGUAACAGGACUGGAACAGAUUGAUUCUUUUCUCUCUCCGAUAUCCGAUCCAGCAUUUUCCGCUAAUUUCGGCCCAAGACCGAUACCCACCAAUACCGGCAUGCUGUCUCUAGUUGAAGCUAAACUCUCCAGGGCGUGAUGCAUGGUUGGGGAUCCCUGUCUUAAGACACUUCUUUAGACGAGAAUCAGUUUCACAGUGGGUUUAUUUAUUUACACUACAGUUCCAGGGUCGGCUGUUUGAGCUGAGCCGAUAGAAACCGUCUACUGGGAAAAAAGAUUGUUUACAUCUGUCUCCUUCUUGCUGAGCUUUUGUCAUGUGUUUCUUCUCAGUCUGGGCUUUACACCUGUUUGAACACAUGACAAAUCUCACUCUAGUGGCUUCAUGACCCGGUCUCUUUGACUGUGCCCUUGCUCUCCACGUUUGCCUUUUGCUUCUUCUCCCAGCUGUGUACUUGUUUUCUUUUUCUCUGCACAUUCCCACUGUUCUUUUUUUGUUUUCAUUGUUCACAUAAUUGUGAUUGCUCUUAUUGUUUCUGUUAUCUUUUGCUUUUUAUUCUAUAUCUAUUUCUAUUUCUGUUUCGAAUUGUGCUAUUUUGAGAACUCUGGUUUUAAUUGUGACAAUGUCAGAUUGUUUUAUCAGCUGUGAACUUUGACUGUAAUGUGGAAAAUGGUGGUGUAUUGUGUGGGGUUGUGUACGGUUCGUGUGCGUGCGUGUGUUUAUAUGUAUGUGUGUGUAUGUGUGCGUGCGUGUGUGUGACUGUGUAGUGCAUUUCUUUUUUUGUCACUGUAAUGCUGAAUUGUAAGCCCCCCGACUAUCUCACCAUCUCCUCUCCUGUGUCUCCUAUCUGUCCUCCUUUUGACUGGAAUAGAAAGAGGCGGAGGAGACGGAGACAUAAACACCAAAAAUAACAUUUAUUUACAAUCGAAACAAAGCAAGAAGCACAAAGAAUGAUCAGGCACAACCACUACACUGCACACUGCACUACACACAUGCACUCUAAUAGCCUCUUGGUAACGUAUAGACCUUAUAAUCCUGACAUAAAUAACUAGAUUACUGUAGUAUGGCACUAGUAGUUCUAUUUUUUUUUUUCAUAGCACAGCCUAUAAAUGUAUUGCUUACUUAUUUUAAAUGUUAUGACAAACCAGAGAAUGUACCUUUGAAUACUAUGACUAAUGUUGAAAGAUAGGAAAUGUUUUUCAUUGAGUAGUUUAUAUGUAAGGUAUAAGAUUUGACCUCAUGUCAUGUCUGUAAGAGAAAUAUGUAUAAAAUAUAUGACAACCAGCUUAUCUAUAUGCAAUAAAGAAGAGACAAACACAAUACAUAGCAGCAGUAACCCACUACUAUAUAACACAGCUUUUACUGAUUAUAUUGAAGGCCGUAGAACUCCCACAACUCAUAGCGCUUUCGUUCUCUUCCUCCAAGAGGAACAGUGCAAUGAAGCACUUUAAAACACUUACAUACAUACACGCACACACACACAAAGUUCUUGAAGUUCAUGUCUCUCUGUGAUGGGGAGAUGUGUGUGAAAACACUUGAGUGUGAAAGCUAUGAAACUGAAAUACUGCAGUCGUCUUAGUCAUUGUUUACCAUGCAGAACGUGAAGACAGUCCAAAUGUUGCAUUCCUUGUCACAGAUUGUUGUUCAAUAAACUUUUAUCAUGAGGACCUUG